AUGUCGUUCCAUCCUCAGACUCCCCAGAGCCCAUCGCAAUUCUCCUCCGGGACCUCGGAGCCCGUGUUGAGCGUGGCAACCUCCAUGACCACCACGACCACGCCAACAACUUUGCCGACUCCCGCCCACAGCGUCACCGGAAGCGCCCAUCACGACCUUGCCAUGGCUGACGAUUCACCUCACAAGCGAAAGCGCUCCAUCGACGACAACGGUGAUCGCGAUCAGAAGAAGUUCCAUGUCGAGGAAAGCAAAUUGGGGAUUGAGGACCUGCAUCUUGAUGUGGGGAAGAAAUACCUGCUUUGCCAAACUCCUCACCCCGAAACUUUGCCGCGCGUCUCGGAAGACUUAUAUGAUCUGUUCAACCUGAAUGAACUCGCCGCCGAAGUAGCUCGAGAGAAACCCAAUGGAGAAAAGAACGCACUGCGUUCGUCCUAUACUGGCCACAUGAAGCGCUUAGGUGUUGCUGGUCACUGGAAAGUGCAAAGGACAGACAAGGACUCCAACGAGAAACCCGAUUUCUUUGACAUCCUUCACAUGCCCGAUGAAGACUGGGACAACACAAUCGUCAAAGGCCAAAACAUCAAACAUGGAUUAUCACAAGCAAGCCUAUCGGCUCUUGGACGGUCAGUAACUAUGACCAAGGGUCCCCUAGGCAAGAAGGACUGGGACACGUCCGUACUAGGACUUCAGUCACCCGGCGGAGACUCGAAGCUACCAUCAUCGGCAAGGCCUACCGCUCCCAACACUCCCCUGAACGUUCCCGGCGCAGUAGGACGUCUAAAGGCUCAAGGGGCCUCAUCAAACGAUCCGAACCGACCAAAGCGUAAUGUCAAGAAGCGAACAUAUGGUGAUAGUAGCUUCGAGGGUUAUGGCGAAGGCUAUCCUGAUGAUGACACAGCUAUGGAAGGAGGAUACUCAACAGGGGAGGGAGAGGGUGGCCAGAAGCGACGCAAAAAGAACCCUGGCAAUGCCUCACCGUACCCCAGCGCGAUGCGCCAACAAAGCUACGGUCCUGGCAUGGUGGGCGCAUGAGGCACUCUGCCGAUGCAUCUCAUUCGUGGCCCAGCCAUCCAUCGCACACUCUUUUCAAAAAAGCUCUCCCGGAUCACCCGACGAAUAAACCUCACCGAAAGGGGGUUUGCGGUUUCCUGUUGAGAGCCACAUCACCACACACAGAUGCCACUUUUCCAGUCGCGUCCAGGUUUCACAAACGAAUUUUUUCACACUCUUCUCACGUCUUCUUGUAUACACACGCCAUGCUACGAUUCCUCCAGAGGCAGCACUCCUGAAAUGGAGAUGACGCAAACCCCAAAAAAACCAUGCGGUCGUCCGUCCUAGGAUUCGUGGUGGCGAACAAAAAAUCACAGUGCAAUUUGCUUUGAUAGCCCAGCGGGCUUUUUUUAUCUAAUUUUGGUCUUUUCACUUUCUUGCAUUCUGAUGGGGCGGACAACACCAACUUCGCCACCCCAACGAGCACGGCGUUCGGACAAAGGAGAGAGAGGGUUUUAUGGUAACGGCCGGCCGGUAUGUUAAUGCGGUCACGAAGGGGAGGUAGGUUAGGCACGAUGGGCAUUCCAGAGGGGUGAUUCAGAAAUCAUUGUUUAGUCGACAGCGGUUUUCUGAUAUAAAAACUAUACGCU